AUGAGAAAUGUUACAAACGAAACCGGUGAUGGCGGUGCCACCAACCAUGCCACCUCAUCCAUGGCAUCCAAGAGGGCUUCUCCCAUCGCAAUUUGCGGCAUGGCGCUCCGCCUGCCCGGGGGCCUGGAAAGCCCCCAACAGUUCUGGGAUUUCUUGAUAGCGAAAGGCGACGCGAGAGGCCGGGUGCCCGAGUCUCGCUACAACAUAUCAGCAUACUACUCGAGGUCCGGACGGCCGGGCACGAUCGGGACCGAGCAUGGUUACUUCCUCAGCGACACGGCCCACUUAGGUGCCCUGGACGCUGGACGUUUCUCCAUCAGCCGCGCCGAGCUCGAAUGCGCUGACCCCCAGCAGCGACGGAUGCUGGAGGUCGUCCGGGAGUGCUUCGAUGAUGCCGGGGAGGUCGAAUUUCGGGGUAGCCAGAUCGGUUGCUAUAUGGGCAGUUAUGGUGAGGACUGGCUGGAGAUGCAGAACAGAGAUUCGCAGCAGUCCGGAAUUUAUAGGCUAGAUGGAUAUGGUGAUUUUAUGCUUUCGAACCGAAUCUCAUACGAGUUUGACCUUCGUGGCCCGAGUAUGACUGUUCGCACCGCUUGCUCUUCUGCACUUGUCGGUCUCCAUGAGGCUUGCCUAGCCAUCCAACAAGGUCAUUGCAAGUCAGCAGUCGUAGGCGGUGCCAACUUGAUUAUGGCUCCUGGUGCCAUGGCAUCCAUGACAGAGAAGGGCGUGCUCUCGCCAGACGGCUCAUGCAAGACUUUUUCUGCGGAUGCAAACGGUCAUAAGAUCAUCUAUGUCCAACAACGAUGGCAAGACACCGGGCAUGUCGUGUCCAAGUACGGAAAGCCAGCAUUUGUGGAGUGCCACGGGACUGGCACCGCCGUUGGGGACCCGAUCGAGGCCAACGCAGUUGCUCGAGUCUUUGGCGACUCUGGGGUCUUCAUCGGGUCGGUAAAGCCGAAUUUGGGCCACUCCGAAGGUGCAUCAGGCAUCACAUCCGUGAUAAAGGCAGUUCUUGCGCUCGAGAACCGGACCAUUCCGCCCAACAUCAAGUUCUCGAGCCCAAACCCUAACAUUCCUUUCCAGGAGCGCAAGUUGGUGGUUCCUCUCGAGCCAACCCCGUGGCCCGAGUCUCGAAGCGAGAGAGUGAGCGUUAAUUCCUUCGGCAUCGGAGGAUCAAACGCCCACAUCGUGCUGGACUCAGCCCGCAGCUUCCACGUUCCCGCGCCCGCUCGAGCAGACGCGAAGCUCGCGGCCAGCCCGCAUCUGCUGCUCUUGUCGGCCAGCUCGGCUGCGUCUCUGCAGCGAAUGACUCUUGAUUUCCAGGCGUGGCUCACCAACGAAAAUCACGGCCCGGCAAAUGGGCAGCUUCAGCACGUUGCAUAUACACUCGCGCAUAGGAGAGAGCAUCUACCACAUCGGGCCUUCAUGGUCGCUCGCAGAGACCAGCCUGGCGUCGCAUCUCCUGGGAAGAGAGUGACCAAUGCUCGACCGCCCAAUCUCGUCAUGGUCUUCAGUGGGCAGGGUGCACAGUGGGCCCGCAUGGGACGAGAUUUGCUGUUGCGUUCGGACUUGUGCUUUCAGAACAGCAUCAGGUUCCUUGAUCGCUGCCUGCAAGAGGCCCAGCUUCAGCUUUCCACCACUGCCCCUAUCUCUGAGUCAAACUCUCCGUGGUCGGUGGAAGAAGAGCUCCUGAAGCCAGCAAGGACGUCGCGUGUCCAGGAGGCGGAGUUCUCUCAGCCGUUGUGUACUGCUGUCCAGGUUGCCCUUGUAGAUCUCUUCGCGUCCGUCGGCGUGGAACCGGUGGCUGUUGUAGGUCACUCUAGCGGAGAGAUCGCCGCGGCCUACGCUGCCGGUGCUCUUACGGCCAAGGAAGCCGUCAUUACGGCGUGGCAGCGCGGGCAGGCCGCCAGGUCGCAGACAAGGCCCGGAGCCAUGGCUGCUACAAGCCUGGGCUGGGACGAAGUCAAGACUUUCCUCCCCACCUCGGAUCCCCCAAGCGUUGUCGUAGCAUGCGAGAACUCGCCGCGAAGUAUCACGCUCUCGGGUGACGCUGCCGACGUUGAAGCGGCUGUCUACCAAAUCAAGGAAGCGCAUCCUGACGUGACGACAAGGCUGCUCAAAGUGGACAAAGCCUACCAUUCGUAUCACAUGAGAGAGGUUGGAAAGGAGUAUUGCUCAUCAAUGAGAAAAGUCCUGGUUGAGAAGCCUCCCGCGAAGCCCUUUUUCUCCAGCGUCACUGCCCAGCUGGAAGAGGGACCCCUUGGUGCUGCGUACUGGCAAAAGAACCUGGAGUCCCCCGUGCUCUUCAAGUCUGCCGUGUCGCUUCUGCUUGACGAGAUCGAGAACGUGGCCUUCUUGGAGAUUGGGCCGCACGCAACGCUCGCAGGACCACUGAGACAGAUCUCGGCGGCAUGGCAGGAAGCCACAGGCAAGACGGGCAAGACUGUUACAUCGCCGCCUUAUGUGUCGGCCCUGACACGCGGUGAGGACUCGGUCGAGUCGUUCCUGACCGCCAUGGGGAAAUUGUUCGAGCUCAAUGUGUCGAUCAAUCUUCAGGCACUCGUUCCAAUGGGAUCCUGCCUCCCCGACCUGCCUCGCUACCAAUGGGAUCAUUCCGAUGGUGAUUACUGGCGUGAGUCAAGAAUUUCGCACGAGUGGCGGUGUCGACAACACGCGAGCCACCCGCUCCUGGGUGUGCGGCAGCUGGAGAGCACCAGCCUCGAGCCCAGCUGGCGGAAUAUGCUCCAUGUCGACAAGGUCGCCUGGCUCCGCGAUCACAAGAUCGAGGACCUGCUCAUCUUCCCGUGCGCAGGCUAUAUAGCUAUGGCUGGCGAGGCUAUUGCGCAAGUGGACUGUCCGGCAGGCCGGACCGGGUUUUCUCUCCGUCACGUCGUCAUCAGCUCCGCCUUGGUCAUCAACGAGGGUACUCCUGUCGAGCUAGUAACCACCUUGCGCCCGUAUCGUCUCACCGACUCAUUAGACAGCCAGUGGUGGGAGUUCGCCAUCUCCUCACACAAUGGUCAUGUGUGGACAAAGCACAUCACCGGCCAGGUCUGCGCGUCAGAAGCGGAUAUCAACGAAGACAAGACAACGGCAUUAGAACUGCUGCCCCGAGCACUCGAGGCGCAAAAGUACUACAGCAUUCUGGACCGGGCGGGCCUACAAUUCGGCCCUCAUUUCCGACGUCUUGCAGACAUUCGAACGGGCACUACGCAGCAGCUGGCAACCGCCAGAGUCAUCAAUGACACAAAUCCCGGGGAUGAGGACGACUAUCAUGUGCAUCCGACAGCAGUAGACGCAUGCAUCCAGACGCUCUUCCUGGCCGCCCUCAAGGGCCGCAUGGAUGCCAAGCACUGUCGAGCGGUCCCGACUAAGAUCAAGAAGUUGACCGUGCAUCGGCCUGUAUCUCACUCCGAUGGCGUGGACAAGAAGAUGAGCGUAUCGGCGUCGGCUACGGUCACUGCAGGCAGUGGCGAUAUCGUCGGGCUGGUACAGCAGUGUGUCAUGGACGGCCGUGUUGUCUUGCACAUGGAGGGCAUGACCAUCUCGCCUCUAGAAGAGGCUGAGGAUGGUGAUUUCGGCGGCGCCGAUGGCCUGCAAACAACGGCACGCCUUAUCUGGGGCCCACACAUUGACUUCCUGGACGCGUCCAAGCUCAUCAGGCCUUCUAUACCUCGCCAUCUAUACGCACCGACCUUGGACGCGCUGACCCGGCUGAGCCAGGCCUAUGCACAUCGGCGCAUGGCGGAAACCUCUCGGAGCGGACUACCUCACAUGGUGAAGUACCGGUCGUGGGUUGACAGUCAGAUGUAUAAUUCCAGCGUUGGAAGUGGUGAAGACUCAUUCCUCGCUCUUCAAAGGCUCAGUGACGCUACCAUUGUUGAAAAGAUGGCUGAUAUCGUCCGUCAACUGUCUGGCACCCCCGUAGCCGCCUGCGCCACGGCCGUCCAGAAGGUAGCCCUCAACAUGUCUGGGUUGUACACCGGCGACACAGAGGCACUCGAGAUCCUCCUCGCCGAUGACACUCUGACCCAGGUGUACAUCGCAACAGACGCGUGCGACAGAUCCGAGUUCAUCCGUCACCUGGCCCAUAGCAAACCAAACCUUCGCAUCCUGGAGAUCGGCGCAGGUACGGGGGCAUCCACUAUGAGCAUGUUGAAGCAUUUGGUUUUGCCCGGGUCAGGCGACAGCGACAGCGACGGGUCGGGACAGCAUCCCCUCUACUCCAGAUAUACGUUCACAGACAUCUCGUCAGCCUUUUUUGUCUCUGCUAAGGAGCACUUCAAAGGCUACUCCAAUAUCGAGUACCGCACCCUGGAUAUUAGUAAGGAGCCAGCGGAGCAGGGUUUUAAACCCAGCGAUCAGUAUGACCUUGUCAUCGCCACCAAUGUCCUUCACGCCACGCGGCGCCUCGGCGAGACCUUGCGUAAUGUGCACAGCCUCCUUGCGCCCAACGGCAGGCUGCUGCUCCACGAGCUCUACUCGCACUCCAAGUGGCCCAACUUCGUCUUCGGCACCCUGCCCGGCUGGUGGUACGGUGAGGAGGACGGCCGGUCGAUCGAGCCAUGCGUGGACCCGGCCCGCUGGGAGGCGGAGCUGACGCGUGCCGGCUUCGCCGGGUUGGAUGCCCUCGUUCUCGAUGCUGAAGAGCCAUACCAGCUCAAUGCCAUCAUGGUGGCCAAGCCGCAGCAGCUGGCUGACGAGGGCAGAAGCAGCGAGGAGAGGAAGAAGAAGAGUAAGAAGACGGUUACUCUUCUCUGCGACGACGAUGACAGCAGCAGCAAUAAAAGGACAGACAGCUCGGUCGCAGACGCUCUUGCCCGACAGCUGGAAAUCCGGGGCGACAAUGUCAACCGACGCAAACUAAGCGACGUGCUGCCCACCGGGCCAUUGGACGACAUAAUCUCCCUCCUCGACCUCGGCCCCCGCGGUCCCUUCUUCCAAGCCAUCAGUGAGGCCCGCUUCGCGUCAUUUCAGCGCCUCCUGGAGAAGCUUGCUUCCUCGUCAGGUGACGGGCGGCGCCCCGGCAUGUUGUGGGUGACGCACCCGUGCCAGGUGCGGUGUCGCGACCCAGGCUACGCGCAGAUCAUAGGCGCGGCUCGCACGAUCCGCACCGAGAUGUUGCUGGACCUCGCCACGUGCGAGGUGGACAAUAUUGGAAGUGACACGUCUCUGGGCCGCAUUAUCGACGUUUUCGCUCGGUUCCGUGAGAGGUUGGUGGACGACAGCUCGCUGGACCCGGACUACGAGUUUUCUAUCAAGGAUGGCACGGUGAUGGUGGGAAGGACGUACCCAUUCUCUCUAAGGGAUGAGCUCCUGCUGCCCGAACAGACGGGCGCAGAUGCCGCUGGGUUGUCUCUUGGGAUGACGAGGCCUGGCCGCCUUGCGACCAUGGGAUGGAAUCCUCGUGUGACAAGAACACUUAGGGGCGAUGAGGUUGAGGUCGAGGUGUACGCAAUCGGUUUGAACUUUAAGGAUGUACUGUGUGCCUUGGGUGUUGUGCCAUUCCCCAAAGGCGGCUUGGGUUCCGAAUCAAGUGGUAUCAUCCGUCGUGUUGGUCCGGAAGUCAAGGAUCUCUGUAUCGGCGACCGCGUCUUUCUCAUGGCAGAUGGCUCCUUUGCGACCCAUGUUAUUGGCAUUGAAAGGAUGUGUGAGAGAAUUCCAGACAUGCUACCAUUUGAAGAAGCCGUGACGAUGCCUGCGGUUUUCACGACGACGGUAGCCGCACUGUUCAAUAUUGGCCGUCUCGAGAAAGGACAGACCGUUCUCAUCCACAGUGCCUGUGGCGGCGUUGGCCUCGCUGCUAUUCAGCUUGCAAGGAUGGUGGGAGCCGAGAUAUAUGCGACCGUUGGCAGCGAUGAAAAGAUCAAGUAUCUGACUGAUAAGGUCGGUCUGCCGCGGAACCGUAUUUUCAGCUCGAGGGACACGAGUUUUGUCGAGGGGCUGAUGCGCGAGACAAACGGCAAAGGUGUCGAUCUUGCCCUGAACUCUCUGUCGGGCGAGUUGCUGCACGCGACCUGGCACAGCGUGGCCGAGUUUGGGAGAAUGGUGGAAAUUGGAAAGCGUGAUAUCCUGGGCGCGGGAAAACUCGACAUGGAUGUCUUCCUCACGAAUCGAGGUUAUACUUGCUUUUGUUUAGAUCACCUCGCCCAGAACAGGCCGUCCGCGUUCAAAAAGCUGUUCCAGUGGGUUCGGAAAAACCUUGAAGAGAGCAAAAUUCAGCCCAUCGAGCGUGCGAGGGUAUUCGAUGCAUCUUCGCUUCAGAAGGCGCUUCGACACAUGCAGAAAGGCCAACACAUUGGCAAGAUUGUUAUCUCGAUGCGAGACGCAGAGGGGAAAAUCAAGAUCAACACAGCCCCUGUCAAGCCUGCAAGAAAGUUGCAGCUAGACAGCUCGGCAUCUUACAUGCUUGUGGGAGGGCUUGGAGGUCUGGGACGUGCCGUGUCCCGACACCUCGUUGACCACGGUGCCCGCCGCCUCGUAUACAUGUCCCGCAGCGCUGGAGCGGGCCCAGGAGAUGCAGAUUUUGUUCGCGAGAUCGAGAGCAUGGGCUGCGAGGUCCUCCUCGUCAAGGGCAGCGUGACUAGUGCCGACGACGUGUCCCGCGCAGUCCGUCAGGCCUCGAACCUCAAGGGGAUCAUGCAAUGUUCCAUGGUUCUCAGCGACCAGGCUUUUGCCCGUAUGAGCCAUCAGGAGUGGAACACAGCUGUGGCACCCAAGGUGCAAGGCACGUGGAAUCUGCACAACGCCAGUGUAUCUUUCGGUGCCAAGCUCGACUUCUUUGUCCUGUUCUCUUCAAUGUCCGGCUUGACUGGUCAGGCUGGCCAGGCUAACUAUGCCGGUGCAAACACCUUUUUAGAUGCUUUUGUUCAGUACAGAAACAGUCUUGGUCUGGCUGCGUCGGCCAUUGACAUUGGGGCUGUGCAAGACGUCGGAUACGUCUCGCAAGACCCGGCACUGCUGAAGAGAAUGAUGCUGGCUAGCGCACACGGUAUCACAGAGCCCGAGUUUCUCGAAGCACUUACGAACGCUAUGUUGUCUUCUCCCGGGCAGAGUGGCAAUAAUGCGUCUCCGGACAGAGGAGAAACAUCCUUUGAGGACAGAAGUACCUUCGUGCUCGGCCUGGGAACAAAGAUUCCCUUGAGCAGCCCUGACAGUCGAGCCUUCUGGCGAAAAGACCGGAGAAUGGCCGUGUACCACAACUCAUCCAAGGCUAUCCGGGACGACGGCGGUUCUAACAGCGACAAUCUCAAGGCUUUCUUGGCCCGAGCAAGAGAAGACACGACUUUGCUAAAGGCACCAGGCACGGCUGCCUUCCUGGCCAGGGAGGUAGGGAGGAAGCUCUUCAGCUUCCUGCUGAAAUCGGAGGAGGACUUGAACACCUCCGUGCCGCUCUCUCAGUUGGGCAUGGACUCUCUCGUUGGCGUGGAAAUGCGCAGCUGGUGGCGUCAGGCUUUUGGUUUCGAUAUCACCGUGCUCGAGUUGCUUGGGAGUGGCAAUCUUGAUGCAUUGGGAAGCCAUGCUGCUGAAGGACUGUUGAAGGUCCUAGACAGCAAGACUUAG